GUCCAGAUAAGCCUGGUGGUGUAUCGCGUCAGGUGAAAAAUCGCAGUGUGUUGUCAGACGUUAAAAGUAGUUUUUUGCGUAAUCAAACUAAACCGUAAAACGUAACUGUUGUUUUAUUUUAUUCAAAUACUAAUAUACGUGCUACUUUUUAUUUAUUCAAACAAGGAGAAAACAUGAAGAGUUUGAAGUAUCGACUGAAAAAGCAUGAAGUUACCAUCACAAACACCGACUGGAAUAAGUAUGAUGACAGGCUGAUGAAGGCAGUGGAGAGGAGAGAGGUGGACAAGGUUGCAGGAGUGCUUGGCAAGAAGGGCAUCAUCCCUACCAAACUCGAUGUAGAGGGCCGCUCUGCGUUCCAUCUUGCUGCCUCCAGAGGACAUCUCGACUGCCUGAAUCUCAUUCUCAAUCAUGGUGUGGAUGUCACAGCCACGGAUGCCACAGGAAAAAAUGCCUUACACCUGGCCGCCAGAAAUGCCCAGUCAUUGUGCGUGCAGAAACUACUCCAGCAUAAUUGCCCUGUGGGAAAUGUGGACCUGCAGGGAAGGACAGCCUUGCAUGAUGCUGUUAUGGCCGGCUGCUCCUCCAGUGUGAAGCUGCUCUGUGACAGCGGGGCAUCAGUUAAUGCCACCGACUUUGAUGGUCAUACCCCAUUAGUGCUUGCCACUCAAAUGUGUCAUCCACACAUCUGUCAGCUCCUGUUAGAACGAGGAAGUGACAUCACGGUCAGAGACAAACAGAAUAAAACAGCGUUAAUUCUGGGCUGUGAAUAUGCAUGUAAGGAUGCUGUGGACGUUUUGUUGAAACAUGGAGCUGAUGUCACUGCUGUGGAUGGAUUCGGCCAUGACAGUUAUCACUAUUCUAGACUCAGCAAAAACCAGGAGCUUGUCUCUCUUGUCAAGAGUUACCUGGACAGUGCCACAAAAGCAAAAGAAGCUGCCAAGAUGGAACAGAAAAAGAGACAGUUGCAGUCUGUGGAGAUGGUCUCUGAAACCUCUAACCAUGAGAAGAUCAUACAGGACCUGGAGAAAAAGAAUGAGAGCCAACAGGAAUCUCUAAAGAAGUUCCACCAGGAACAGAGGACGCUGCUUGACAAGGUCAACAUGCUUCAGCAACAACUCAGCCAGGAAAAGUCAACAGUGGAGGACAUUCACAAGGAGAGAGAGCAGCUGAAGCUUUUACUUUCUGCCAAAGAGAAGGAAGAAGGAGCCCGGGCCAUAGAGACUGUGAGAGUCCAGCAGCGGAGCCAUUUGGGUGAUUACCCUGGCCAGUCCGUGAUCAAAGGAAAAGACAAUGUACUAGUUCGACAGUCACACAGCUUGGACUCUGCUCAGAUCUUGCCGUCUAUAGGACCAUCUCAAUCUCUGGCUCGACCCCUGGAGCUGUCUCGGCCGAUGCCUGGUGAUCCUGAGUCACUUCGACAAGAGCUUGAAUGUGUCCGCCGACAGCAAGAGGCUGCACAAGAGGAGGUUUGCCGCCUCCAAAAAGCUCUAGCGUGCAGGUCCCAGGAAUGCGAGGAGCUGACCAGGAAGUGCGAGGCCAUCAAGCGUGAGUCGGACCAGCAGGUACGUGAGCUUGAGGAAGCCAUGGGAGAUGUGCAGAAGCGAAUGAUAGACUCUGAGACAAAGGUAAAACAGCUUCAGGCUCAUGUGGUGGCAGUAAAGGAUCAUCUCAAUAACCAAGUUGUUGAUGACCUCAAAGCACAGCUGAAUGACAUGAAGGCAAAAUACGAGGGAGCUUCUACCGAGGUUGGACGUGUCAGGAACCAUUUGAAGCAGAGUGAGAAAGCAUUGGAGGAGUAUAAAAAAAGUGAAGGACUUCUGGCUGUGGAGGUUGAGAGGCUCACUGCAGAGCUGAGCGCAAUGCAAGAGGACCAUAAAGUCAUGGAGGAGACGCUCUUGAACAUGGAGGGUCAAGUGAAGACUACAGAGGUCAAGUUGACGUCAAUGGUUCCCGGAGAGAAGUUUGACAACAUGAAGAAUCUCUUCACCAAUGCUGUGGAUGAGAAGGAGCUCCAGUUGGCUGAGUUAAGGGAAGAUUAUGACCGUGUGCUGGAGGAAGUGGCAGAGCUCCACCGUGUGAUGGACGACCGACAAACUGUCUCCUUGCAAGAGCAUGAGCGAGUCCGGGCUACUUUUGAGGAACAAAGCUCAACCCUGAAGAAGAAACUUGCUGAUGUCACUGUAAAGUGUCAGUCAUUAAUAUGUGAAGUGGAGGAGGGUGAAGAUGAGAGAGAACUGCUCAGAGAGGAGCUGCAGGAACUCAGCAACAAUCUGAAGACCAAGUUUGUGACCUUAGAAAACCAUGAGGAGGUGAAGAGGUCUAUGGGACUCGCUGUGGAGGAGUUAAGAAUUAGGUUAACAGAGGAGACGGAGGGGAGAAAGCACGCUGAGGAGAAGCUACAGAGGCUGCAGGAGGAGAAGGCCUCUCUAUGUGAGAACAUUACCAACCUGAAGAGCACGUACAUCCCCUGUGAACGUUAUGAGAGUGAGAUAGCUGCACUCACAGAACGCAACACCGAUCUGGAAGGAGAUCUUAAUAGCCUUCAAGAUCAGUACCAGGAGAAAGUCAAUGAAAUUGAGAUUUUGGCAGCUGAAAAAGCAACAAUGAAGCAGAACUUUGACAUUGAGUUUGUCACAAAGAAGGAGUAUGAGAGUGUGCAGAUGGUAUUAGAUGAGGCUUUGGAGAAAGCUAAGAUUGAAAUCGCAAAGUUGGAGGGUUAUUGUAGACUUCGGGAUGAGGAGUUACAGAAGGCGAAAGAAGGAAAUGCUAAGUUGAAAGAAGAGUUUGAGAAUGUGCAGGCCAAGAUAGCAAAAGACUAUAUCAGCCUUGUGGAACAUGAGAUAUUCAAAAGCACAAUGAGCAAAGCGUUAUCGGAAGCAGAGGGACGAGGUAGAGAUGCCUACUCAAAGUACCAGUGUGCCCAAGAGAGCGCAUCAAAACUACACGAGGAAAUCGAAGCACAGAAGAAAGAGUUGGAUACUAUUCAAGAGGCAUUGCAGUUGAAGUUUGUGCCAUUGACUGCUAUGGAGGAAAAAGAGAUGCAUUUCAACACCACUUUGAAGGACUUAGCAGAUAAACUUGCUGAAAUGCAGGGGAUGUACAAUGACGAAAAGACCAAAGGGGAAAGCCAAAGGGUAGAGAAUGAAAAAUUGAAAGAAGAGAUGGCGGCUCUGCAGCAAAAACUUCAGAUGGGGCUUGUGUCCCGUGAGAAGUACAAAGAAGUGGAGGACCGCUGCAAGAGCCAGGGGGAGGAGCUGAGUCUAAAGUUGGUGGAGCUGGAGCAGCAAUAUAAAGAGGUUACGAUCCAGAGAGCUGAACUAGAGGAGCAAAACGCCUUGUGCAACUCUGAGAUCCAGAGUCUCCUGAAGAAACUGAACAGUGAGUAUAUCCAUCUGGAUCAGUUUGAGGCCAUGCAGAGGUCUCUGAGUGGGAGCCUGCAGGAGGCGCAAAAGGAGUGCAAGUGCUUACAGGAAGCUCAGAAACUGGAAGUCCAGCGUGUUCAUGAACUAGAGAAACAACUCCAGAGUCAGAGCUGUGAGGAGAUCCAGUACAGCCAGGUUAAAGAGGCUCUUGAGCGUGAGGUCAACGAGCUUCGCUUGGCACUGCAGGACGAGGAAGAAACCAGCGCGCAGAGGGCUGAAGAUGUUGCCACUCUUCAGACUGAGCUCCUCAGAGCCACACACACUCUCGAUGACCUCCGCAGCUAUGAAGAACAGGUGACCGAGCUCAGAGCUGAAAAGCAAAAGCUUGAGGAGAAAGUGUGUGAACUUGGCCACCGGCUGUCAGGACUGGAUGAGCAAUAUGAGGAUCUGUACAGGGAAACAACCCAGGCCAGGGAGUGUGAAAAGAGGGCGAGAGCUGAAACCGAGGCCCUGCAGAUAAAAAGUGCCUCCAUUGAGAAGGAGAUCAGAGAUCUGAAAGAGAGAUAUGAGGAAUCGCUCCGCACCAUUGGAGAACUACAGAAGAGGAUUCAAGCGUCCUCAGAGCAGACUGAGCUUAAAGACAAAAGGAUCACAGAACUGUUGGCAGAUGUUGAAAGGCUGAAACAGGCUCUGAAUGGCUUAUCCCAGCUGGCUUAUGCUGGCAACACUCCCAAUAAGAGACAGACUCAACACAUUGACACACUCCAAGCCCAGGUCAAGAGCCUCCAGCAGCAGCUGGCUGACGCUGAGAGGCAACAUAGAGAAGUUGUUUCAAUUUAUCGAACUCAUCUUCUCAGUGCAGCACAGGGUCACAUGGAUGAAGAUGUUCAAGCUGCCUUACUGCAGAUCAUUCGAAUGAGACAAGGUUUUGUGUGUUGAGGUCAACACACCGAGACCACACUGACUCCAAUUCAUCAUUCACACAGUAACCUCCCAUUCAGCUCAGUGCAGUUGUAUACUGCUCUGAAGCACUUUACCCAGAAAGUCAAGUUUUGUAAUGUUUGAUAUGUUUUGAUUAGGUUCAGUUUUGUACGUUCUAACUGUAUGAAAUAUAGUAUCUGUAAUAUGGAUUUGCCUAGUGACAGUACUAUAUAUAGCACUAGGGAUAGCUAAACUCAUCAAAAAAAAAAAAACUCAUAAAUCAUAAACAUGAGAGGCAAUGGAUAAUUAUUUAAUCAUAAUUAAGCAUAUUGACUUAUCUAUGUAUGUUAUUGCUACAUGCUAUAGAGUCAAUGAGAAGUACAGGAUGUUGUGAAGAUGUAAACUGCACACUCAGUGAUUGAGUCUCAUGUACCUCCUUAUUUCAUGUUGAAAUAACCUAACUACAGUUUAAAGAAGAACAUUCCCUCCCUCCGUGCUUUUAGCCUCGGUCUAAGCUACGUGUGGUGCAUUAAUAAGGGACGCAGCCCUUUAGAGAGAUUUUAACAUGCUGUUUCAGACCAGCAUUACCGUGUCCUCUGCAAUGGUUAUAGUAAUGAUCUGGUUUGGGGAAAUAGAUCUUUCAACUCUAGGGAAAUUAGCUUUAAGGCUUUAGUGGAGUGGUGGGCACAGAGGCACUUCCUGGGCCGUCUGUGUUUUAUGAAAUGCCAAUGGCAUAUUGGUUUAAUAUCCUGCACAGUAAUAAUAUAAAUAUUUUAUCACAUGUAAGCUUAUGCUCAUACGGUGUACAGUAACAGUAGAGUACCACCACACUAAAAAUCAUUGGUACACUUGUUUGGAGGGUCCCAAAAUUGUUAUAGUAGAAUAUCAUGAAAGAUCCGAGCACAUUGCUGCUUCAUCUUACACGUAUCUUUUGCAGUUUUAACCGGGCGUAUGUCCAUACACUGGAUCAUAUGUUUCAAAUGCGUGAUGUAUUUGAGUCAGUGAGUGUCUAUUGGAGUAGUUCUUUAAUAAGGUGUUUAUGUAAAAUUGCUUGAUAACAGCAGACCACAUCUCAUGGAUGAUCCAAUGAGCAAAGAAUUUAACACUGAGGACUUUCAUAACCCUGUAUCCUUCAUGUUCCUGUAUCCUGGCUGAUAUCGCCAUCUAGUGGUGUGACUUGGCUGGCCAAGUUUGAUGUGUGCUUUUGUGUAGGAGAAUGUGAUGCAUUUAGGAAUUCUCCCUUUUGAUGCUUUCCAAAUCUGAUAUAUCCCCUUUUACAUAGCUUUGUACUACUUUUGGUUAAUGAACACCAUGUUUGUGGUAACUAUUACAGAAUUCAGCAGGACUGGAAUGGAAAGGCACAAUAAUCUGCUCAGGUUUCAGAACGUGACUGUCGACUUGCUUUAUAUUCUGAGGAUUUUUUUUUCUUCUUCUAAACUGUCAUUUUUAAGUCAAAUUAUCCUUUGAGUUUCCAAUCAGAUAUUCUAAAAUUAAUUACAGUUCCCAAUCAUGGCUUUUCAGUAUUCAUUUGAUUUAUUUUCAAAACACCACUGUAGUGCCGUUUGGUUUGAUUGGAAUUAACUGAUGUUAAUUAACUGAUGAACUGUUGGUUCUCUUUGUCGGGAAUGACUAAUUGUAAUGGUUUCAUUAUUUAUUAGUAAUACAUUCUAACUGCUCUUUUGGUUCUCAGUUAGUCUGUGCAUUUCCUUCAUGGAUAUUUUUUUUUUUUUUUUUUUUUUUUUGCUGAAUUUUGAGUCUAACAUCAAUAAAAGUGCCUCUUUUAGACUAAA